CAAACAAAGCAAAGUCAAAAUAGUUUUUUUCCACACAUGUUUAUAAGAUUUAACCUUUUGUAAUUAGAAUCGGAUACUUUGGAUCCAAAUUUUAUCUUGGUUUAACAAUAAUUAGUCAUAAUGUUAACCAUUCUUAUUUUCCGUGCAACUAAUCGUAUAAUCUCUACUCUUUCACGAAAUCGAAAUACAUUUGAAUUAAUUUCUAAUCAACAACGUUGGAUUCAUGUUGCUACUAUUGAUCAAGCAUAUUCUACGACAAAAAAAGUUGUAAAAUCACAAAAUUAUCACCAACGAUAUGUUAAUUAUGCACCGGUGCUAUUCGAAUGGUCGCAGAAAGUAAAUUCAGGUCAAUUAAGUAUGGAUUCGUUGUUAGCUUCUCAACAAUUUCAGCGAGUAUCUGAGAGUAUUUGUGAUACAAUCCGUCAUUCGGACACAAAUAUUUUGAAUAUGCUAAAAUCGCUUAUCAUUAUAAAUAUGGAUCCCAAUCUCAGAAUCGUUAGAUUCCUAGAAGAUGAACUGUUGUAUAAAAUUCAAUAUAGUUAUGAUUUUAAAUUAUUAAACGCUACUUUAACUUUGUAUCAUCGUCUGAAAGAUACGACGCCCAAACGUGCGUUAAUUUUCGACACAUUAAUUCGAACGAUAGGAGAAAAAUUGGAAGAAUCGAAAGCUUCGAUGCUUGAUCUGGUGCAAAUGACCAAAUUCAAUCGUUUCUUUACGCCCGAAAUGAUGAUUAAAAUUGAAGAUCAACUAAUGCGAUAUCUUGAUUCAGACGAAGAAAUUCCAUUGGAUAACCUAUGCUAUUUAUUGGUAUUGCUUUCUCGACAUAAUCGUCGAAAUAAAAACCUAAUUCGGUCAGUCGUUGCUAAACUGUUGAAAUAUCGUCCCGAAGAGAUUUACACUAUGCCUCCACAUUUGAUUCACAUGAUAUCAUCACUGAAACGACUAAAUUUUCCAGAAAUAAAUCUAUUGGAAAAAUGUUCUGAUAUUCUAGUGAAUUUUAAAUUUCUGGAAAAUCUCAAUGAAUCAUCCAAAAGAGAUUUCACAGUGGCGAUUUCGAAUUUUAAUUUUUCAUAUCCUAAAUUAAAUGAUUAUUACCUACAAACAUUAAUAGAUAAACCCGAUAUUUUCAAACAUCAGGAUUUAAUAACAUUGACCAUCACGUUAGCGCGACUUAAUUAUCAACGCGAAGAUUUUGUUGACAUAAUUAUGGACCAUAUUGUUCCUAAAAUUUCCUAUGAAAAUUGUGCAUCUCGGUAUCAAUGGUUUAAUUUUGUUAAUUCGCUUAUGCUACUUCGAUGUGCAACUGUUGAUCAGAUAAAAUCCAUUUUGCGAAAUCAAUUCUAUGUUGAAAUGGAACAAGAGGAACUGGAAGCACAUCUAAAUUAUCUUAGAGAAAGGCAAACAAAAAAUUCACAAGAGGAUAGCGAUGAUUUGUUAGAAAAUGAAAAAAUGGAUUCGAAUGCCGUUGAUUUAAAUGUUAAUUCUGGACAUGAAAUUUAUCGAAUGAUGAAUAUUCGUCGAAAAUAUUGCGUUCUCUAUGGAAUGCUUACUUUGCAAAGUGAUGCACGAAUCGUUGAUCCAAACACUCAUCAAUCGAUGGGAAAAAUUCCUAUUGAACAAUUUUUUGACAAUGCAGAAGAGAUGAAAAAUUUCCAAACGUACAUCAAAACAUUCGAUUUGAGCAUAAUCAAACGAUCAAAAGAUUUGCAGGAAUUUAGGAAAAAAUUAAUACAAACAUUUGACGCAUUUGCUCCAAACAAAGAUAAAUACAUGCUCGUUGAUAUCAAAACUCCAUUCGGUUUUGUCAUAGAUGCCGAAUUAAGGGUCGAUUUGGAAGGAAAACCACAAAUACUUGAUAAGCCAAAAAUUUCAUCAGAAGAUACAAAAACUAAAGACAUUCAUCGAAGUGUUGCUCUUAUGUGCAUUGGAUUCAAUGAAACUUUAUUAGAUGAUAAUAGCCGAUUCAUUGGACCAAAAGAUGCCGAAUUAUCUCUAUUAACAUCACUUGGAUAUGUAGUCGUGCCAAUUCAUCAAAAUUCUCUUCCACAAUCUGUCACAUCAUUGAAUCGAAUUAAAUUUUUGCAAAAUUUAAUUGCCUCUCACAUAAAAACUGAUAAUAAUAUUGAUGAUGAUGAUCAUUGAAAAACUAAUCAAAAAUUGUAAAUAUAACGAUUUUUGUACAAAAAAAAUAAUUACC